UCCUCGUGUGCUCAGAGUUGGAGACGCACACAGGGCAGGAGGAGGACAGGGUGUUCAUGAUCAAGACUUGCAUUAUAUUUUCUACAUGGUAAGCCUAAAGCGUAAUGAAGAAGUAUUACCCCAACUACAGACAUCAGUGAGGACUGCAGCCAUGGACUUAUUCAAACAACAGAAAGUGGAGGAUUUUUAUGAAAUUGGUGAAGAGUUGGGAAGUGGGCAGUUUGCUAUUGUAAAGCAAUGCAGAGAGAAAAGCAAAGGUCUGGAAUUCGCCGCCAAGUUUAUCAAGAAGCGGCAGAGCAUGGCCAGCUCUCGAGGAGUGCGGCGGGAGGAGAUAGAGCGGGAAGUGGACAUCCUGCAGCAGAUUCAGCACCCAAACAUAGUCACGCUGCAUGGCGUCUACGAAAACCGCACUGAUGUGGUGCUCAUCUUGGAGCUGGUCUCUGGAGGUGAGCUCUUUGAUUUUCUGGCUCAGAAAGAGUCUCUGAGUGAGGAAGAAGCCACUCAGUUCAUCAAGCAGAUCCUCGAGGGGGUGAACUACCUCCAUGCAAGGAAAAUCGCUCACUUUGAUCUUAAGCCAGAGAACAUCAUGCUGCUGGACAAGAAUGUGCCAUUGCCAAGAAUUAAACUCAUAGAUUUUGGUCUUGCCCACAAGAUUGAAGCCGGGGUGGAGUUCAAAAACAUCUUUGGAACACCUGAGUUUGUAGCACCAGAGAUUGUCAACUAUGAGCCGUUGGGAUUAGAAGCAGACAUGUGGAGUAUUGGGGUCAUCACCUACAUCCUGCUGAGUGGUGCUUCACCUUUCCUGGGUGAGACCAAACAGGACACUCUGAAGAACAUUUCAGCCAUAAAUUAUGAGUUUGAUGAGGAGUUCUUCUGUCACACCAGUGAGCUGGCCAAGAAAUUCAUCAGCCAGUUGUUGGAGAAGGAUAAGAGGAAAAGAUUAACAAUUCAAGAUGCUCUUAAUCACCCAUGGAUCAAGUCCAAUGAGCACAAGGAGGAGAAUAAAGCCAAGGAGCCAAAGAAACGGGAGCGGCGCCAGCUGAAGACAAAGCGCCUGCGGGAGUACACUAUCAAGUCCCACUCAAGCAUGCCACCCAACAACACCUAUGUAAACUUUGAGCGCUUUGCCCAGGUGGUGGAGGACAUUGACCAGAUGGAGAGCUCAUUCGUCAGCCUGGCAGCAGCCCAUGACUCCCUGCAGGAAGACAUCGAUGCCAUGGUCUCUAUAUACAAUGAAAAGGAGGCCUGGUACAAGGAGGAGAGUGAAGAUGUGCGCCAUGAGCUCUCGCAAAUCCGCUAUGAGUUCCGUAAAGUGGAGGCCUUUAAGAGGAGCCUGCAGGACGACAUGCAGGCCUUCAGCUUCAGCCUCGACGGUGUCAGCAACCGCUAUCAGGAGAGACAGAACCACUUCGAUACGCUGCGUCAGGAGCUCAGCAAUGAACUCAAGUGGGUUCAGGAGGAGAUGGGUUCAUUUCCAAUGGAUGGAGGUGGGGGAGGAUACCCCAACUGUAGCUUCUCCACCGUCUUCAACAACGACGUUAAUGAAGCCCUGAAGGAGCUUCUGAACCGCUCCUGUGGAGGAGAGCUGCUGUCCGGGAUCAACCUGGACUUUGAAACCGGACAGCAAAGAUAAAUGCUUCAGUUAUUCAAUAACCACUUAACAUCAUGGUGACUAGUACACUCUAAGAAAUAAGGGUUUUAAAAGGGUUGAAGUUCUACCUACAACCAUGUUCUUCUGACGGGAACAUCAAGAAAGUGUUCCUUGUAGGAUUAAGGGUUCAAUUAAGAACCUUUUUCAUCCAAGUACCCAUUUUUGGUAGCAAGAGUUCUUGAAUGAUUGAUGAAAGCAUGGGUAUUAAAAGAACCUUCAUUGCCACACACCAUGAACUGUGAUUAUGAUCCAUGAAUGUUCUGGGAUUUAUGGGAUUCAGUCAUUUUUGGGCUCUAAAGUACAGUACAAUGUGGUUCUUCAAGGGUGCUCAGAAGACAGGAUGAAAAUGGGUGAAACCCUUUUAAAAAGGUUAUUUUUAGGUCCCAUGUGAAUGUUCUAGAUAAAAUCCUUAUAAUAUUAAAGGGUUUUUUGGUAGCACCCAUUGUGCAUAGACAGCAUAAAGGUUCUGGAUAGAACCCCAAGAGAGGGUUUUGGGUGAUAAAGGUUCUAUGGAUGUGUGUAUUCUUAAAUGCUUUACUGUAUAUUUAAAUGUCCAAUCAAAUGUUUAAGAAAAAUAAAUAGAAUCCAUUACACAUUCAAAAGCAGGUUACUCACAACCUAAGAUUGAUCAAUACUAUGACAGCCAGCUGAUAUUUACACCAGCAUGCCUUCACAAUAUUGUUAACUUUGUAAAUUUGUAUUAGAACCCAGCACCCAUAACAUUCAAUCUAUGUCACAACUCUUAUGAAUUCAAAAAUAUUGUAUUGCUGUAGAUCAGCACAUUUUAGUUGAGCCCAGGGACUCUUUAUUAUAGUGUUCCACAUUCAACAGAUCAAAUCAGAGCUGGUAGCAUUUUAAAAUUUUAGGGGGUUUGCAGAUUAUGGAAAGAUAUCUUUUAUUUAUACUAAAAUAUCCAAACUGAAGUUCUUAAAUAGCUUCAGUUUGGAUUAUAAAACACUGUGUUUGUGGAUGGAGAAAUUCUGAUGUUUAGUCCAGUCAUGCAGAAUAAGUUACAAGUUAGUAAAAAAGGUCUCAUGAUUUAUUUGAAAUGCCAUUUAAUUUCAAACUUGAAGACACACUUGUUCAGCUUGUGAAUCUUGGUCAAUUAUGGAGCGUUAGUCAUGGCGGCAGUGAUGAGAGGUGCAGUCUGUCCGGAUAAGCUGGAACAGAUCAGAGACAACAUAAAACUUGGAUGGUCAUUUUUUUCAACACAUUUUUUCUCACUAUAUUUUACCACCAACUGUUUAAAAUAAAUAAAGUUUAAAUGAUUUAGCACACAAAUUAUGCUAUCAAAAAUUGAUUAAUUUUUUUAAUGAGAUUCAGUCAACGUCAAAAAGGCAUCAUGACUGAGAGAAUGAAACACAUUCAACGCACAAGAGAUAACACAUUAAGCCUGUUUACCCCUCGAAAAUGCUUUAAAGUGGUCAUUUAAAAGAAUUUCACUGAGCUGAACAUGUACUGGCUGUUAAACUUUUCACAUCACUCUUAGAAAAAAUAGCUCUUUGAGGAUAACAUGGCACUGUUGAAAAGCUCCAAAGCCAGCAAACAUUAUUUGUAAAUGAUGUUUGAGAACAUAGCCAAACCAGAAGAGGAUUCAUUAAACACUACUCAUUGCUCCAGUAGUUAAGAUGUAUUGUGGUUUGGUAAACAAUUGAAUGUUGAGUUUAGAAGUUGUGUUUGGAAGGAAUGUCAGGAAAAACCAUCUUCACAUGCCUGGUUAUGAGACUCAGGAAUGAAGUUAUUGUUAUGACGGAAAGUAAGACAACCAACCUCAUACAAAUCAGACAAUAGCAUCACCUGAUCUCAUUUGUCUUCAUUUGUGUUCUUUUAAAAUCCAUCAGCGCUGCAGCUUGUGAUAGGUUUCCUCAAUGGCUUUUCACACACAUAUUGACCCGGGGUUGCUCAAAGCUAAAUGAUUCACACUGCCAUUCUAAGACCUUCAAAUCAGCCCUUGUAUACAUAGCUAUUUGUAAAAUCCUGAUUUGUGUGAACAUUUUUUUUUUGUCUAGUUGUUUUUUGAAAUGCUAGCAUAUUAUGUCGUGUCAGGUCCUGGCCAAAUUAGUUCCUUGCCUCCUUGAAUACCCACCAUUCCAGAUUGAGGGCUCACAUGCCCCUCAAUUUACAAUGAAUUUCCCUGUUUAUACAUUAUACUGCCUUGAUUUCUUGUUACCCUGGCAGAUUGUCUUUGUGAUCUUUGUGAGGUCAUUGCUUUCUAGCAUUUCGUAGUAUUUGGUUUCUCUGAUUUUUGACUUUACUUUGGUUAUUGGACGUUUGCCCACUCCCUGAAUUUGUUUGCUCCUUUUAAACAGACAAUCUCUGUAUGACUGUGACUGUGUCUCUGCAUGUGAAUCUGUGUUGUGACCAGAAAAAUUGCACCGUUAAGAACAACAACAAGAACGAAUGGAAGAAGUAUAUAGUGACUUUUGUUAAAGCGGCCCUAUUAUACCUUUUGGGGGUUUUCCCUUUUCCUGAAGUGUGUUAAAUAGGUUUUUGUGCAUUUAAAUGGUCUGCAAAGGCCAGACAGUCACAGGCACUCCUCCCUUUCCUGAAACGCUUUGAUUGGACAUCUUUGUUUGCUGAGGGGCGGUCAUCUCUAAGCGGUUGACCAAUCACAACAGGCACUGAUGAUAUAACUUCCACAAAAUUGUGAGUAACUCUUCAUUUUGUUUAUCUGUUGAUCUAUACAAAUCUCCUUCUGUACUACCAAAUUCCUCCAAACUUUAGUUUCUAUUUAAUUAAGUGUUUACAUCUUUAAAGUGACAUCCUGUAAUAAUGACACUGACUCUCAGGUGUUACAUUUUCAGGAAAUAAAGGGCACCCUGGGGACAUUUGAUGCACUCUAUCCCAAAAAGUUAUAUGAAAUGUUACUUAAGUAAAAGUAGAAAUACCACAGUGUAAAGGCCUACAUUCAAAACUUGUAUAUUCAAAGUAUAUUGUUUUAUGUUGCAGCUUCUAAAGGUGGAUCAUUUUAAUAAGUGUAUAUACUGUAGAGUAACCUUGUGUCCGUACCAAAGAAGGGAUCAAUAAAGUAUUAUAUUAACCUUU